AUGGAUUUCGAAGCCCAUGUGUACUGUGGAGAUCAUCACCGCUCUCUGCAAGGACGUGGACUUGAUACAACAACGAGGGCUACAGAAGUCUCUUCCCACAUUCGCUCAUUAUACGAUGCUGGGGUGCCCCUUUAUAGUAAAGAAAUCAUUCGGGACGUUGGCGAACAGCUUAGGAGUGGGAGCCAAAUAAUCUCGGUGAGAGGACUCAACGGAAUCGCUGUUGAUGUCAAUAUAGAAACUGGACAAGUUUUUGAUGCAGGUGAUCCGGAUUGGGACUUCGUUGUGGGAGCUCCUUUUAUUCAGUAUCUUUCUAUUCAAUGGCUUACAUCUAAUGCUCUUGGAUAUAUCCCUCGCCUUGCCUACUGCAACCUCCGAAUCUUUCAUUAUUUGAAAAAGCGUUACAGAUCAACGAAAGAAAUCGUCAGCACAAUCCCUCAUCAGUCACGAAAGCAAGUUGAAGAGUACUUUGUGACGAACAAACGAGCCUGGGAAACUAGCGAGCAGCGGAGACAGCUGCAGUCGAUUAUUUCUAUGAAGACUUUAUGUCAUGUCAACAAGAUUAUAGCCUUCGCAUGUGGGCCGAUGGCUUUCAGUGACCAAGCGCCAUGGGCUAUAAGAUCGGCCUACCAGCACGCAUUGGUUAUAACUCUCCGAGAUAUCUUAAGUGAGCUCCAAGGGCACCCUAUAGGAUGCUACGCGCAGGACCCAGGCUAUACCGAUAUCGACCGAGAUGUCCUCGAAAAUUCUGCGAUCACCAUCCUCGAUGAUCCACAAGGGUUUUUAGAGGUCGAUGAUUCUACAGUGGUACUUUCGUUUGGCGCCGAUAUACCGGUGAGGCAGAUCAUAGCGGAUAUUGCUCGACCAGCUAUGAUGAUCUGGGACCGAAGCGAGUUCUUUGAGGACGAACUCACUAAAUCAUUUGGGACGGACCCUGAUUCCUCUCGUGUGACCAAAAUGAUUCGAACGUUCUACGAAGAGAUUGGGUUUCCUGGUGAUCUUGAAGCGUUCAGACAUGUUAGCAUCUACGUCAGACACGGGCCAUGA